AUGGCUUCCUCCGCGGCUUUCCUCGUCCUCGUCGUCGCUGCUCUGCACGUGUGUUGCUGCCACGGGCAAGGCGGCGGCGGCGACGGCGCCGUGGCGGCGAUCUACAGCCUGGGCGACUCCAUCACGGACACGGGGAACCUGGCCAAGGAGGCGCCGCCGGGCGCCUUCGAGACCAUCAAGCACCUCCCCUAUGGCGUCACCUUCGGCCGCCCCACCGGCCGAUGCUCCGACGGUCUCCUCAUGAUCGACUUCCUCGCUCAGGACAUGGGCCUCCCGUUCCUCAACCCUUACCUGGCCAAGAACAGGAGCUUCGACCACGGGGUCAACUUCGCCGUCGCCGGAGCCACCGCCAUGGACCCCGACGACCAGUCCAACCGGACCUUCUCCCUCAAGCUGCAGCUCCGGUGGUUCAAGGACUUCAUGAAGUCCUCCUUUGACACCGACGAAGGCAAUUCAAAAAAUUUCUUCCCUCUUAUUACUUUCUCUCAGUCUCGGUGCACACUCUGUUUUCAAAUUCGCAAAAGGCUCCAAUCUUCUCUGGUUCUGGUCGGGGAGAUCGGAGGAAAUGACUACAACUACGCGUUGUUCGGGAACAAGUCUGUCAGUGAGGUGGAGAAACUGAUCCCGGCCGUGGUUCAGACCAUCAUCGACGCCACCAAGGAAGUGCUGGACAUGGGCGCGAGCAGAGUCAUCGUCCCGGGCAACUUCCCCAUCGGCUGCCUCCCGAGCUACCUCACCGCGAUGGCCGUGCCGGAGCCGUCCGCCUACGACUCCACGGCCUGCCUCAAGGACCUCAACCUCUUCGCUGCGAAGCACAACGCGCAGCUCCAGCGAGCCGUCGCCGGCCUCCGGGCGUCGUACCCCGACGCGGCCAUCGCCUACGCCGACUACUUCAACUCCUUCCUCAGCCUCCUCAAGGGCGCCCCGGCGCUCGGCUUCGACGAGAAUAGCACGCACACGGCAUGCUGCGGCGCCGGCGGCAGGUACAACUACGACGAGACGCGGAUGUGCGGCGUGGAGGGGACGGCAGCGUGCGCGGACCCGUCGGCGUACGUGAGCUGGGACGGCAUCCACAUGACGCAGGCGGCGUACAAGGCCAUGUCCAGGCUCAUCUACCACGGCCGGUACCUGCAGCCGCAGAUACUCAGCUUCCCGGAGAACAACGGACAGACUUGA